AUGAAUCGUCUGUGGUAUUGUAAACUUUUAACAACUCACCUUGUUAUCGUACUGUUGUUGAGUAGAGUAGAAGCAGGCAGUAAACAAAAUAAUCGAGUUAUAGGCGGAAUAGUUGUGAAUGAAACUAGUGCUGGAUGGCAUGUUGCUGUUAUAUACAAAAGAGCCUUAAUUUGUAGUGGAUCUUUGUUGCGGAGAAGUAUUGUACUCACUGCAGCCUCUUGCAUCAUUGAUUUGAACUACAAUGAUUUGGUAAUUAGAGGUGGAAGUAUACAUUUUAAAAUGGGUGGACAAAUUCGUGAGAUACGCCAAACUGCUGUUCAUCCCGAAUUUAAACCAGGCAAAAACUCUUAUAAUAUUGCUCUCAUCAAUUUGCGGAGACCACUAAGUAAUAAUAAUGGCAAUAUAAAGACUUUACGAAUACCUACAGCAGAAUCCAUAGAUUUGCCAUCAGCAAUAUCUGUUUAUGGUUGGGGUAUAUCAAGCUUUCACACUGGCAAUUAUCUUACAAAGAAACUAAGAGUGGCCAAGUUUAAAGUUUACUCAGAUAGAAAGUGUUUGCAUUAUCUGCCGAACGCAGAUACAGAAAAUAUUAAAAAUCUUAUUUGUAUGGGCGAUCGAACAAAAAUAGUUGAUAUUUGCAAUGAUGAUAUUGGAACCGCAGCUAUAAAUACACAGUAUAACACGGUAUAUGGUAUUGUAUCGACCACUGGAGCCUGCACUGAAAAUCAUACCAUUAUAGCUACGCGCGUAGCACCGCACUCGUCAUGGAUCAAUAGUGUUUUAACCGAAUGGCAAAGAACUUAA